GUUUAAUCUGUCUUCUCACCUGUUCCAGGAGGUCUGUCUGUACCAAACCUUAUAGAAGCCCCCUCCUUCCCCUACAUGCACAGUUCCAUGGCAGAGGGGCCUACAUUCCUGUUGGCUUGCCUGAGUUCUGCUGUGUAGAAAAGUCUUUCACCUGGAAUCCAUAGACCUUUGAGGUUUAUCCACAGAUGAGCUUCAGUGUGGAGAGCUGAGGGGAGAGUUUGUAACUGUCACUCUUCCUUAGGGGGACUCUGAAUCACUGCUCUGGAGUGACCCAGCAAUGCCAUCUCUCUCCUGCUCAUGAGCCUUCGAAGAUAUACUGGCAGACCGGUGCUUAACUGACAGCUGCCCUCUGCUCCCCUCUGCCACCCACAUGCCAAGACCAACAAAGCAUCUUCCUAAAGCCCCCCUGUGAGAGGACAAAGGCCAGGCUGGAAGGCUGUGCAGAAGGAGGUGUGAACGCGUCCAGGGGAGGUCCCCCUGUUGCUGCUGGAGGAACACCUCAUUUUCAAGUCCUUUGCACAGGCCCCCCUGUGAAAUGACCCAAGCAAAGACUGUUCAGACGUUUCCUUCCUUCCCUUGUUGACACUCUGGGCCCUGCGAUUGUUCCACUGUUGUUCUAACAGAGUCCCAUCCUCCUCUCAUCAAAGCAAACAGCCAGGACUGGAAUAGGUGUUUCUUAGGCUUGUCUGCCAGCUGAACAUGACCACAGGCCAAGCUGAUGACAGCCCGUGUUCCCGAGGGACGUGGGGCCCUGCGGGGCCUGGCCCCCAGGAGCAGGUCCUCUCAUGAUGUUGGCAUCUGGGAGUGAGCACCAUGCCCAUCACCCAGGACAAUGCCGGGCUACACCUGCCCCUCCUCUACCGGUGGCUGCAGAACAGCCUGCGGGAGGGCGGGGAUGGGCCAGAGCAGCGCCUCUGCCAGGCGGCCAUCCAGAAGCUACAGGAGUAUAUCCAGCUGAACUUUGCAGUGGAUGAGAGUGCAGUCCCAGCUGAUCACAGCCCCCCAGGGAUGGAGAUCUGCACUGUGUACCUCACCAAGGAGCUGGGGGACACAGAGACUGUGGGCCUCAGUUUUGGGAACAUUCCUGUUUUUGGAGACUAUGGAGAAAAGCGCAGAGGGGGCAAGAAGAGGAAAACCCACCAGGGCCCUGUGCUGGAUGUGGGCUGCAUCUGGGUGACGGAGCUGAGGAAGAACAGCCCAGCAGGGAAGAGUGGAAAGGUCCGGCUUCGGGAUGAGAUCCUCUCCCUGAAUGGGCAGCUGAUGGUUGGAGUUGAUGUCAGUGGGGCCAGUUACCUGGCUGAGCAGUGCUGGAAUGGCGGCUUCAUCUACCUGAUCAUGCUGCGGCGCUUCAAGCAUAAGGUGCAUUCUCCUUAUAACGGCAACAGCAACAACAGCUCUGAACCCGGAGAGACACCUACCUUGGAGCUGGGGGACCGAACUGUGAAAAAGGGGAAAAGAGCAAGAAAGUUUGGGGUCAUCGCCAGGCCUUCCCCCAACAAAGCCUCUGAAGAUUCCAAGAGCAGUCCUGGUGGUGAGUUGGACAAUGACCCCAUCUCUGAGCUGGGCAAUGGUCUUGACCCUGAAUUGGGAAACGGUCAUGCUGCUUCGGAGCUAGAAAAUGGCCCAGAUUCGCUCAAGGAGGUGGCAGGAUCCCACCUGGACAGGUCGGAAUUGGACAGAGGGACAGAGCCUCAAAUUCCAAGGAUAGAUGCUCCUCUGGCCACAAGCAGUGACAAACGCCGCUUCUCAAAAUCUGGGAAAACAGACUUCCAGUCCAGCGACUCUCUGGCGAAGGAGGAAGUUGGCCGGAUAUGGAAGAUGGAGCUGCUUAAAGAAUCGGAUGGGCUGGGAAUUCAGGUUAGUGGAGGCCGAGGAUCAAAGCGCUCACCUCACGCUAUCGUUGUCACUCAAGUGAAGGAAGGAGGUGCCGCUCACAGGGAUGGCAGACUGUCCUUGGGAGAUGAGCUGCUGGUAAUCAAUGGCCACUUACUGGUCGGGCUCUCCCACGAGGAAGCUGUGGCCAUUCUUCGCUCAGCCACUGGAGUGGUUCAGCUGGUGGUGGCCAGCAAGGAAACCUCUGAAGAGGACCUGCUCAGGCUAACAUCUAAGAGUUUGCCCGAUCUCACCAGCUCGGUAGAGGACGUGUCUUCUUGGACAGACAACGAAGAUCAGGAGCCCGACGGGGAGGAGGACGAAGGAACCGGCUCAUCUUCCGCCCAGGGAGCAAUGCCUGGGACAGAGGAGCCCCAAGAUUCGUGCGGCCCCGAGGAAUCCAAGGGGAACUUGGAAAGUCCCAAACAGGGCAGCAAUAAAAUGAAGCUCAAGAGUCGUCUUUCAGGCGGCGUACACCGUCUAGAGUCUGUUGAAGAGUAUAACGAGCUGAUGGUGCGAAAUGGGGAUCCCCGCGCCCGGAUAUUGGAGGUCUCCCGAGAUGGCCGAAAGCACUCUCUCCCACAGCUCCUGGACUCUACAGGCUCAGCACAGGAAUACCACAUUGUGAAGAAGUCCACCCGGUCACUAAGCACUACUCAGGUGGAAUCUCCUUGGAGACUCAUCCGGCCGUCAGUCAUCUCUAUCAUUGGGCUGUACAAAGAAAAAGGCAAGGGCCUUGGCUUUAGCAUUGCUGGAGGUCGAGACUGCAUUCGAGGACAGAUGGGGAUUUUUGUCAAGACCAUUUUCCCAAAUGGAUCAGCUGCAGAGGAUGGAAGACUCAAAGAAGGGGAUGAAAUCCUAGAUGUAAAUGGAAUACCCAUCAAGGGCUUGACAUUUCAAGAAGCCAUCCACACCUUUAAGCAAAUCCGGAGUGGCUUAUUUGUCUUAACGGUACGCACCAAAUUACUGAGCCCAAGCCUCACCCCCUGCUCGACACCCACACACAUGAGCAGAUCCAGCUCCCCCAACUUCAACGCCAGCACGGGGACCUCUGUGGCGGGGGCCGACGAGGGGAGCUCCUCGUCCCUGGGGCGAAAGGCCCCCGGGCCCAAGGACAGAAUUGUCAUGGAAGUAACCCUCAACAAAGAGCCAAGAGUUGGACUAGGCAUUGGUGCCUGCUGCCUGGCCCUAGAAAACAGCCCUCCCGGCAUCUACAUUCACAGCCUUGCCCCAGGAUCAGUGGCCAAGAUGGAGAGCAAUCUGAGCCGCGGAGAUCAAAUCCUGGAAGUGAACUCUGUCAACGUCCGCCAUGCUGCUUUGAGCAAAGUCCACGCCAUCUUGAGCAAAUGCCCCCCAGGACCCGUUCGCCUGGUAAUCGGCCGGCACCCUAAUCCAAAGGUUUCCGAGCAGGAAAUGGAUGAAGUGAUAGCACGCAGCACUUAUCAGGAGAGCAAAGAGGCCAAUCCCUCUCCUGGCUUAGGUACCCCCUUGAAGAGUCCUUCUCUUGCUAAAAAGGACUCCCUGACCUCUGAAUCUGAUCUCUCCCAGUUCUUCUCUCACGACGUCCCAGGCCCGCUCUCUGACUUCAUGGUGGCCGGCUCAGAGGACGAGGAUCCCCCGGGAAGUGGCUGCAGCAGCUCCAAGGACAGCAGCCUGCCAGCCGGCCCAUCCCCUCACAAGGAACCAGGAAAAGCCAGAGCCAACAGCCUUGUGACUCUCGGAAGCCAGUGGGCCUCUGGGCUCUUCCACAAGCAGGUGACAAUCGCCAGACAAGCCAGUCUCCCUGGGAGCCCACAGGUCCUCCGAAACCCUCUCCUCCGCCAGAGGAGGGUAGGCUGCUAUGAUGACGAUGCCAGCGACGAGGAAGAGUUUGAUGGGGAAGGGGACUGUAUUUCCCUCCCAGGGACCCUCUCAGGUCCCAGCAGGCCUCUGACAGAGGACGACUCUACACGUGUCUUGACAGCCUCUUCCAAGGGCACAGGGAUCCACCAAGAGGAACAUCGCCAGAAAACACUGGUCAGCAAGGCCUCCUCAGUGCCUCUCCUUGGCAGCUCACUGGCCUUACAGGAGAGUAUCCCAGGGAGCACAGGCAACACCCUUCCCCAUGUGGCCAACCUGCUGGCCCCUUCAGAGGCUGCCAAGGGUAGCCCUGGCUGCUCGGGGAGAAAGGAACUCUCAGGAUCUCGGAGUUCGCCCAAGUUGGAGUGCAAAGCUGCGACAGGCACCCAGAGCCUGGCGAGCACGGACGGCCCCACUUCCCCGCAGCAGAAGAAUGACAGCCUGGGGUCCAGGCACAAACCAGUGGCCAGGGUCAGCCCACACCGCAAGAGGCCCGAAGCUGAGGCCAGGCCCAGGAUCUCAGAAACAGCAAACCUAACCGAUGGAGCCAGUGACCCAUGCAGUCCCGACUCGAAAGUCCAGACUGCUUCCGUCAAAGUGACCGUGACUGGUUAUCAACCAGGUGCGACGGUGGAGAAGGAAUCUCUGGGGAAGCCAACCAUUGGGGACGGGCAGGUCCCCACCGACUGGGGGCCAGCUGGCUCCCUGCCCCAUCCAGAUGCCGGUCACCCCACAGAGAACCCACCUGAAGCUGCACCCAAGCAAGGGCAACAAUCCAAAACAGGACAAGACAGCUCCCCAGGCCCUGUCCCUUCCCCGGGACAGGCUCACCCUGACUCCAGCAAGACCUCUGUGGACACAGGGCGAGUGAGGCAUCCUGAGGGCCCUGGAGAGCCAGAGUCACCCAGGGUCCCCAUGUCUGAGGACAGCACAUCCCUGGGGAAGACAGCAAUGGCUGGACCUGAGCUGGAGAUGAGAGCAGUCUCAGAAGCCAGCUCACCGGAUGCCAUCAGGAAGGCAGCUGGGCAUAGGGAUGUGGGAUCCGAAGCCGAGGGGACAUCUCCAGGUAGCGCCGUGCUGUCACCAGACCUCACGUCCCAGGAGAAACGACAGGAGCUUCCAGGUCACCAGAGCAAGGCUCUGCAAACCACAGGAAUCCUCGUCCCUGAAAAAUGCCAGGAGUUGUCUCUGCAGGAGGGAACAGGCUCCGGGUGUGUAAGGGCACCUCAGUCCCCUAGCCAGGAGGCCCAGGAGGGAGGCGGCAGUGCCUUGGGAACCGGCUGCCCCCAGGGGAGCCCCAUGACUGACAUCGACACGCUCAUCGAGGAGCUGGAUGCUUCUGGAGCCAGGCUCCCAACUACCAGGAAAGGGGAGCCACUGAGCCAGGAGGGCACUGCCCAGGGCCCCCCGCCGGCCGCUGAGAGCCAGACCCCCGACACCACCCCGAGGCGCCCCCGUGCCGCCGGCCCGGCCCCGCCCCCGCAGUGGGUUGCCCAGCCUUCGGUUCUGGAUUCCAUCAAUCCCGACAAACACUUUACUGUGAAUAAAAGCUUUCUGAGCAACUACUCUAGAAAUCUCAGCAACCUCCACGAAGAUAGUACGUCACUUUCGGGCCUGGGCGACAGCACGGAGCCGUCCCUCUCGUCCAUGUACGGAGAUGCUGAGGACUCAUCUUCCGAGCCUGAGUCACUCUCUGAAGCCCCCCGAGCUCCCACCCGGGACAGCUGGUCCCCUCCGCGUCCCUGUCCUCGUGGGUCUUCUCACAAGGGAGACACUACAGAGUCUGAGGAGGAGCAGGUUGAAAUUUGUUCCUCGAGUGGAUCCCCCAACCGGCCCUCCGCUCCGGCCCUUGCUUCUGCCCGGGGAGCCGCCGGCCCGGCCUUCGCCAAGGUCCUGCCCUUCAAGCGGGGAGCCCUGGGCCCAGCAAAGGGAGACUCCCGCCACACAGCCUCCUUGACACCUGUUGCCUCGGGCCCCACAGCCCUGGGCCCUCCCCAGCCACCCCCUCCUGCGGCUGCAAGGGUGUCCCUGGACCACAGUCCCCCUUGGGCAGGGGACACUGGGGAAGCCACCCGGCCCCCUCCAGGCCCCCCUGACACCCCCAGCUCUCCUAACAUGGUGAAUGGUUUGGAGCACGACUGGCUGGAGGAGCAGACCCCACCUAAGGAACAAGAAACAAACGUGCAGACCACUGAACGUGGGUCCUCCUUCAGUGCAGAUGUCCCUGAGGUCGGCCUGCGGGACCUGGGGAACCUGCACAUCUCCGAAAGUCAGGACCCAGAUGACUCACUACAGAAGCCGAAAAUGAUCUCCAGGCGGCCCAUCGUGGCCUGGUUUAAAGAGAUAAAUAAAAACAACCAAGGGACACAUCCGCAGGGCAAAGCCGAAACAGAACGAACCACGAUGCUGGCCAGAAGUCCAGACCCCAAAAGUCAGGCACUGGGCUCAAGCCACAGAAGGGGGAUUGCUGUGCUGGAUAGCUCUCCUCUCCUGAAGCUGAAUCUUGAGAAUAAAGACCCGCCCAAAAAAAGUUCCGUGGAAACCCUUUUGAGUAACUGUCAGAAAACCAAAGCUGGUCCUAAGCUGAAGAGACUGAGCAUCAAAAGCAAAAGCAAAGUCAGUUCCGAGGCCCCCACCGCUCACAUGGGGAAGGCUGGGAGCACUGAGCCCAGGAAAACCCUUGUUUCCCCCCAAGCCACCCACAAAAUGCUUCCUAAGGUGGUGGCACACCGGUUCCACACAGCUGACCAUGAGGAACAGGAUCAAAACACCGCAGCAGCCCCCCAAUCUCCCCAGAGUGUGCUGGAGGGCAAGCCUCCUCUGGGGGCCCCAGGCUCCCUGAAGCCCUCGGCCUCGGAUACCAGCAUCAGGACGUUCACGUCACCCUUGUCCUCCCCUAGGACUCUUCCUGAGCAAGGUGCCUGCGGUAGGCUUCACCCAGCUGUGCACUCAGAACCCAACCAAGGUUGCCCAGCAGUACCCAGGUCUCCGAAGUGUGGACCAGAAAGCAAGGCUCCCCCUGCAGCCUCAGGGCCUGCGAGUCCCUUGGCACCAAGGAGUGGGUCCUCGGGGGCCAGCAAGUGGGAAGCCACCCUUCCCAGGCAGGGCCAGCGGCCCCAAUCCAGUCACUUGGACUCAGCAGCAGAAGCCACCCAGGCUGGGGUGACUGGUGACAAAAGAAGCAAAGUGACUGCUGGUGAGCCUCUAGAAAGAACUAACCAGCUGAAAAUCAUUGAGAUCUCUUCUGAAAGGAUGCCAAAGAACACAUGUGGUGACAAGACAGCUGAGAGUGACAGACAGGAAGAGUUCUUGGCCCAGAGCAACUGUGAGGAGAAGAGUGAAGUCAGGCUCUGUCACCAGUCAGUGGAAUCAUCCCCAAAUCAUCCAUCCUCACUGACGCCUCGGAUCUCCCAGGGAGAGCUGGAAACGCAGAGAUCUUUCACCGUGGCGAAACUGACUUCCUCCUCCUCCUCCCCGCAGCUGCCAGCUGGAAAGGCAGAUCCCUGCCAGGGAAAGUCAGGCCAGAUGUCAGACGCCCUUGGGACGUCCAGGAGCAGUGCGCCAGCGGGCUCGGCACUGGAUGACCAUCCCUACUUCACGCCAAGGCCAGCGACCAGGACCUACUCCAUGCCGGCCCAGUUCUCCAGCCAUUUCAGCCGAGAGGGGCACAUCCUGCACAGCCCAGGGCGCACCCCCCGGGACAGCCAGAGCCCUGCCACUAGCGGGGGCCACCUGGAGGCCAAGGCAUCCAGAGGUGGUGUGCUGGGCCUGGUUAAUGGACAGGGGAUGUAUAGCGUAAAGCCCCUGCUGGAGACAUCAAGGAACCUUCCAACAACAGACGAAGGGGAUGUCCUUUCAGUGCAGGAAACGAGCUGCCUGCUCACAGACAAAAUCAAAGUCACCAGAAGACAUUACUACGCAGAGCAGAACUGGCCCCAUGAAUCUACCUCAUAUUUCUCUGUGAAGCAGAGGAUCAAGUCUUUUGAGAACCUGGCCAAUUCUGACCGGCCUGUGGCCAAGUCCGGGGCCUCCCCUUUUCUGUCCGUCAGCUCCAAGCCUCCUGUUGGGAGACGGUCAUCUGGCAGCGUGGCUUCCGGGAGCCUCGGCCACGCCAGUGACCCAAUAUCGAGGUCACUGAGACGCAGCUUGAGUUCCUGCAGCGAAAGCCAAGGUGAAGCCAGCACCGUCAUCCCCCCGAUGACCAAGUCCCCAUCGAGCAUGAUGCUGACCAUCUCCCGGCAGAGCCUGGUGGAGGCCGGUAACAAGGGCUCUGACUCGGACCCAAAGAGAUCGCUGGGUCCUUCGGGAAUCCCCACCCCAGCGGUGACCCCGGCGUCUCCCGCCAAAAGGAAUAAGUCCUCCGUGCGUCACACCCAGGCCUCACCUCUCUCCCGCUCGAAGCUGCAGGAGCUGAGAGCCCUGAGCAUGCCUGACCUUGACAAGCUCUGCAGCGAGGACUUCUCAGCUGGGCCGACUGCUGUGCUCUUCAAAACCGAGCUGGAAAUCGUCCCCCAGAGGUUACUUGGCUCCUCUCCUGGAGGCCUCAGGGGGUCCACCGCCUUUUCAUGCCCCGUGAAGGGCGCGGACAGGGCCAGCCCUAAAGCCACUGAGCCCAGGGUACCCAGUUCAGCCCACGAUAUGAGUGAGAUAACCCAGGAUCUGCCUUCUGGAAAAAGCUGGUCAGUUAAUUUGCAUCAACUUCUGGUCUCGGCGGGGAACCAGCAAAGACUGCAGUCUGUUUUGACAUCCGUGGGGUCAAAAUCUACUGUCCUAACUCUCAUUCAGGAAGCGAAAGCGCAAUCAGAGAAUAAAGAAGAUGUUUGCUUCAUAGUCUUGAAUAAAAAAGAAGGCUCAGGUCUGGGAUUCAGUGUGGCAGGAGGGACAGACGUGGAGCCAAAAGCAGUUGUGGUCCACAGGGUGUUUUCUCAGGGGGCGGCUUCUCAGGAAGGGACCGUGAGCCGAGGGGAUUUCCUUCUAUCAGUCAAUGGCACCUCAUUGGCAGGCUUAGCCCACGGGGAUGUCUUGAAGGUUCUGCACCAGGCUCAGCUGCACAAGGAUGUCCUCGUGGUCAUCAAGAAAGGGAGUGAUCAGCCCAGGCCCUCCACCAGGCAGGAGCCUCCCACAGCCAACGGCAAGGGCUUGAUGUCCGGAAAGAGCAGCCCCCUGGAGGCUGGAAUGGGGAGAAGCUUGGCUGCCCAUGAGGCUCUGUGUGUUGAAGUGCUGAAGACCUCAGCUGGGCUGGGGUUGAGUCUGGACGGAGGGAAAUCAUCUAUGUCUGGAGAUGGGCCCCUGUUCGUUAAAAGAGUGUACAAAGGUGGUGCAGCUGAGCAAGCUGGAACAAUAGAAGCUGGAGAUGAAAUUCUUGCCAUUAAUGGGAAAUCUCUGGUUGGGCUCGUGCACUUUGAUGCCUGGAAUAUUAUGAAGUCUGUCCCAGAGGGACCUGUGCAGUUAGUCAUUAGAAAGCACAGGAAUUCUUCAUGCAACAAGCACUGGUAGUAACACUAAUAGUGCUUGUUACUUUUUUUUUUUUUUUUAACCAGAAUCUCCUCUUCUCAGUUCUUUUCUUUCUUUAGCAAACCGUAAAGACUUUCAACAGUGGGUUCCAGAAACAACAGAGAAGCACUGGUGUGGGCAAGGACUAUCAAACUCUCCAAGUUUUUACUUAUAUGUGAAACAGCAGCAAUGGAGCUGCACCCCAGAAGUCUUCCGACUGAAUCACCUAGGCCAGGAGGGCUCAUCCUGUUCCAGUGCCUGUCCCCUACCACCCUUUAUGUUCAUUGAUGGGGACACAAGAUGCGGCAUGCCCCUCUUCACUUGAAACAUUUAGUGAGACCUUCGAAUCCUUCUUGCCACCUGUCCCAGCAUACUCAGUCUUGGCAAUUAGGGAGCUAACAAUCUGAGGAGCAACACAACUGUCCCAACUGAAAGGACUGUAGUUUUAUAUAAUUUUGUAAGUAAAUAACAGAAGGCUUUUAGGCACAUUCAGUGGAAAGAGCCGUUGGGUCUGUGUGUUAUCCUGAAAAGAAAAUGACACUUGAAAAACAAAAUCAAUUAUGACCAAUUGGUUAGGCUAAGCUCAGGAAUUUAUCCAAAAAUGAAAAAGCAAAAUAGAGAAAGUGGUAUUUUUAGUGAGUGUAAUGUGCAGCGUAUGGAUGCAUAGUUCAACUCAGUGGUUAUUGAUCACCAUUAAGUGUUGAUCAUGAUCUAAAAGUGUAUGUCAUAAGGCAGUUUUAUAGGGAUGCAGUUCCAAUAAACUGUACUGAAUAGCCAUGAACUUUGCUGCUUAGAAUGAGCAGAAAGUUCCAGCUCUGAAAGCACCUUGCAUCUAGUUUGGAACUUGUCUUGAAUAAAUUCUUGAAUUCAAGACUGGUCAACAAAAGAGCAAACAAAAAUAUCAUUGUCACUGGGUUUCCAUUUCUAUAUUUUAUGUACUCCAAUUACUAAUGUAAAUUUUUAGAAAUCAGUUAUCUUUUUAGUAUCCCUGGAUUUAUAAUCCAAAUAGAGGAGCUUAAAAUAAUCCUUUUAUGGAACAUUUUUUCUUUGAAUGCCCCCCACCCCCCACCCCCACAACUUUCUGGACAGGCUUAAGAAAUGUAGCAUUUCUAAGCCUUGGAUCUAUUCUUCUGACCUGGGUGUAAUGACAUAGCCCUGCAGUGACUGAAAUUUUUGCUCUUUUUGUUUUCCUGUUUUGCAAAGUCUUCCUUUUGCCAAAAAUGUUUCCCUGCAGAAUACUGCUGUGACUCAUGCUUGCUUGUGACCCAGCUGCUCUUUCAAAGCACGAGCUUCUUCAGAGUAUCUGUUCCCAUUCGAUGUGCUCUUCCUCGUCACAAAACUGGCUCUUCUCCCCUCGUACUGUACCUUCUUUCCCUAAAAUCCAAACCCACAUCAGCUUAAUUUACCAAAAUGUAAGAAGAAGAUGGAGAAUGAGGGUGAGUGGUCAUUCAAGGGAAGGAGCAGAACUGUGUGGUGACAACCCACAUCCUUGGGUGACACAAGCUGAAUGAGUCCUAUGAAUACGGGUGAGCCUGCAUGCCUGCGUGCAUGGUGACGCUAAGGCUUUCUGUUGGCGAUUUCUUUAAUUAACCUAUUUCUGAGUGACUAAUCCCAGUCAACCUCUGGAGUUGGCCCAGAGAGGUCGCUCAGAUGGCAGUGAACUAUCUGGCUUGUAUGAGCCCAGAUUUCUCAUUUUUAAACAGGUUAUACAAAAGAGAAUGUAGUUCAAGAGUUAGCUAGAAAGACCAGAUUAAUUUAGCUUCUACUUUUCACUAUUACAGUUCCAGGUAGGAUACUAUAGGAAGUCAGUCAGUGCAAGGUGCAUGCUAGAUUGUUUCUAAGUCUCUGGGGUCAGUUGGUGGCUUCUGCUUUCUUGCCUAAAUGAUGAGAGGCUAUUUGAGGUCAAAACUCCUUUUAAACUUCUUGCCUCCCUUCUUCCAGCUGUGCCUACACAGAAAUGCACAGUCCUGUGUGACAGGAAUUUCUAGAGCAGUGGGAGCAAUGGAACGGUCUCCUUGUAUCGGAGACCUUGUUCUGGUUCUUCCUUGUAUCGGAAGCAUGCAAGGGUGGCCCUCUGGCUCACUAAACUGUAUUAAAGUCAUCAGCCAUUUCUAGAAGACCUUGCCAAAACAGUUCCCUUGCAAUAUGGCAGCUGGGAUUUAAGGGAAGAAGCAAAAGCUCAACUUUGACCCUAAGAUAUAGAAAGCUAUUUAUUUGUCGUCAGUGUUCAAGGCAUGACUAGUAUUGCUAAUGAGUCUAAUAAAUUCCCACACUUCCUGACAUGAACACUAAUGGUGUUGUCCUACUAAAACUUGCUUUGUUUUCGUUUCUUAACUGGUCAGUCAGUCAUCCACAAUAAGCUAUGAUGGUAACUGUUAUAACAUGUAAGUCAGUCUUAGUUGCAAGGCUAUAUACCGUGAAGGUUGAAGUAGGUUGGGUUUCAUUUCUAUCCUUCCAUACACAGCUCAUUUAAUUUUAGGGUUAACUUAAUUGGCAUCACACCUGUUGUAUGAUAUUAUACAUUAUCCUUUAUUUAUGUAAAAUAAAAUGCCUUAUAUAUUAUUAAAGAGUAAGUGCAAUAAUA